AUUAAAGGAAUUAUCGCAAUUAUAAUAUACGAUUAAUUAUAAACAGAGAAAAAUGGGUUUAAAAUUGACGAAUGGGAGUAUAAAAGCGCUCGAAUUGUUUGAAUGAAUUACAUGUUCUUGUAGUUAUCAUGAGAUUUCGUUUGUGGAUGUAGAAAAAGAAACAAAAGAUGCAGGCAAUAAUUAUACUGAAGUUCGUUUUUUUCAUGCAAACAAUAUAUUUUAGCCAAGGUGGCACACUGACGGCGAAGAGUCUUUUAGAAACAAUAGCACCAACAUACAAACAAGCAAAGCUACCUCCAGGCUUUCCUCCUUUAAACUCAAUCAACACCGAUAAAUUUGAUUACAAAACAUCUGGAGAUGAUAUCAAAGUAUCAGCUCAAUUGGAAAAACCAGUCGUCAUGUUCCCUGACUAUGUGAUCAUAUCAGGAGUUAAGAUGAAUUUCACGUUCAAUAAAAAGAAUUCAGACAAAACAGCUUGGAAAGCAGAUGUAAAAGGUUUAUGGGCCAUUGGUUCAACAAUUGCUCCCGUAAAUAUCACAUCAAAUGGAACUUUAUAUGCUUUUGUCAAGAGAUUAGAAUUAAAGGAAAUUGUGUCUCAAUGUUUAAAGAAAGACGCCAAAAAAGAUAUUGGCAUUGACACUGGUGCGAUAACAUUGAAAGAUGUUGAAAUUAGAGCCGAUGUGCUGGACAAUAUGAAUGGAGUAAACAUCGAAUUUUCUGGUUUGCUCGAUCAUAAUACAUUGGAAGGAAUUCCAGUGAAAAUAACAAUGAACAAGUACGCGAAUUCUAAGCCUCAAUUAUUUUCUGUUAUCCAGUUCAGAAACAUUAGUCCUGAGAAGGUCUUAAAGAAACUCAUGAAUCAGAAAACAUUGACUAUACCAUUUAUGGCUCAUAUGCUAUCCGGUAGCCGAUUGUUUUCAGAUAAACAAGACAUAUUUGGACUGGUUUUUUCAUACACGGAAGUUUAUUACUACCGAGAAGCUACAAUUACCAGUGACAUCAUUGCGUCAGUGUUGCAAUCUCAUAUCCCAAUUGGUGUAACUCUCCUCUUUCCUUUGAAUCUAUCAAAAAGCAAACUGAAAUCUUUAUCAGAGACUGUUAAAAUUGCCUUUGUUAUUAACAAACCAUCAUUUGAUUUACUGAUUGAUAAAAGGGACAAACUUGCAGUAGACGAGAUACUACCUAUAAUUUCAGAAGAGUUUCAAACCAACACUGCAAAUAGUAUUCCGAAUUUUAUGAUCGACCUUAACGAUGCGUUUACCACUCAUUUGACCUUUGAUUCCACCACCACAACAUUCUCUAUAUUUGUGCGGCUAACGGAGACAAUCGAUUUAGUCAAGAGUUUAUUGAAAAUAAAAGUAACUCAUCUAGUACUACAGAGACGUAUCGGAUUAGAUGACAAAAAGCAAGCUUGGAAGGUAGCUGCGAAGGGCGUAUACACCAUUAGAAAUGCUAAAAUCAACGUGCAAUAUUCUGAAUUAUCUAAUGAAACUGGUAAGCCGUAUGGAUUAACUGGAAUUGGAAAUGAGGUCAGUUUAGAAGAUAUUGUAUCCGAAUUCGAUCCCGAUUUUUAUCCUGAUGAAGAUUCCAAAGAAAUGAUUGAGAACACGGAAAUCGAAAGUUUAAAAAUACAUCAAGUGAGACUUUUUUCUCGCGUGCCAAGAUCACAUGGAACUCCACAUUUGCUAAUAACAGGUUACACGAAUUUACCCGAAUUCGAAAAAGACAUACAGAUUGCUUUGUUACUGUUAUAUAAGAAUAAAAAGUGGCAGUGUAAAUGGGCUGCUUCACUCAAGCAUAGCCCUUUGAGCAACAUCAUACAAGCUUUUACUGGAUUUGACAGUAGAAAUUUAAAACUUCUUCAUAACGGUCACAUCUUGACAACAAUCAUUAGUUCUCCGUUGCCAUCAUAUACGCUGCUCCCACCUCAUAUCAUUACAACACCGUUGCUACGAUUACCAGUAAAAAAAGCAUUGACGUUGAUAGCACUCCUUCGUUUCCCUGACAACUGUGGUGACGAUAAAAUGUGUGAAUCAGCAUCUGAGUUAUUGGAUACAUCUAAAAUGUAUACCGUGAAGGGUGUUAUUUCAAUGGAUGGUUUUACGCUUCGUGCAAAAAUUAAAUACAAUCUGAAUCUAUCGAAUCAAAUAAAAGGAGUAAAUAGCACAAUACAAUUUACGAUCGGAAAUAGUUCCAUGCUGGAUAUUGUUACGUCAUUGAAGAUAGCACGGUCAAGUUUGAUGUUCGAUGGCUUUAUUCAUAUUCGUAAGUCUGGAGAAAUUCAACUUCAAAUGGCUUGUCGAAAAAAACGUUGGAUUGAGCCAUUUAAAAUGAAAAGCCUUAUCUUUGAGAAUCUAAAACUUGUCACAAGUUACAAAACUGGCUCCGAUUUAGACAGACUAAAAAUGCAAGGAAAAGUACUUCUGGGAACUCCAGGAAAUGGUGAUGAGAUCGAAGCACCAUUAAUGUUAGAUUAUAAUCCAAGUGCACCUUUAACUAGUUCAUUUUAUGGAAACUACACAGAUAUCACACUAGAUAUAUUGCUUUCAGCCUUUUCAAUUACUACAGAACUACCUGGUGUUCUAUCUGAAUCUAACUUCCCGACUGGGUUAAUGUUGUCAUAUUCUGGAAAAGAUUUAUCAAAACCUACAUAUACUCUUCACGGCGAAAUUAACAUAUUUGGUCGAUUGCUAAAUUGCCAAGUUCUUUUACCACAUGAGGAGGAUGUACGUAUUAUUACCGAUAACAGUCCGGCACCUGUUAUCUUUGCCAAAGGUUUAAUUAUUAUACAAGCAGACUGGAAGAGUAAACUACGAGGACCAACAAUUGUUGCAAAUAUAGAUAAUUAUAACGCAAACGUAACAGUGAAAGGUUAUGUCAAAACACUUGGCAUUGAAUCAGAAGCUGACAUUGUUUUGGAAGAUAAAGGAGUUAGGUUCUCAAUUUCUGGUAAACUGAUGGACUACAAACAAACCAAACUGACUGCUUAUUCCUUGGAUUCAACAGAUAGCUUUCAGGUAUUUGGCUGUUUCGAAGACCUUGCAGAACAAGUGCAAAUUUUACUGUUGGAAAUCAUUGACAAAGCAGCUAAUCAGAGUAUCAUAAAUAUGGAAAAGGCUGAUCAGAAUUAUUUAAAUGCUCAAAAACAUUACGAAAAUGCAGAACGGGAAGAAAUACACAUCCGAAAUCAACGUAAUCGAGCACGUGUGUUUUAUGAAGAGCAUUUACUAGCAUAUGGUAGAUUUGAAGUUAAAGUUAACGACACGUGUAUCGCACCAAAAUGUGGAUUAAAAUGUUUUGGUUGCCCAAAACUUCAAAAAUGUUGUCGGUUGGACAUCUUUGGACAUUGUAUUUCAUGUUCAAGCUGGAAGACAUGUUGCUGGAAAAAUAUCAAUCCCCUAUGUAUUGCAAAGCAUGACGGUUGUCACGUGGUCAAGGCUGUUGCUGAAAGAGAUUUAACAGAAAAAGAAGCACAACUUAUCCAACAAAGGAUUAUACUUGAUAAUCUUGAUCAACAUGUUACAAAUGCAGAAGUAAAUAAAGGCAAACACAAAGCGGUCUUAGAAGCAGCAACCGAUGCGAAAGCCAUAGUGGAGGAAGAUUCAUCGCCAGGCCUUAACGCACACGAUUCCAUCAGAAAUUUUGGGACACCCUACGGGUGGGCAAAAAUUAAUAGUAUAUGUUAUAAUACCAGUAUUGAACAAGCAGCUACUGGAUGCAUGAAGUUUCAAAUUUCAAAUGAACUUUUUGGCAAGCCAGAGCAAAAUAUCACAAUUUGGAGUUGUUUAAAAGAAGACCUUGUAACAGAAAUAACCGAAUCAUUAGCCAACUUUAUUUUUCCUAAAAUAAUAGACAACAGUGCUGAUAGUAUAACAGAAGUGGCAACGCAAUUAAACAGUGCCGAAAUUGAUAAAGUUAAGACUCCUUCACUUACACCACAGAUAGUCAAUGAAAAAGAUUUACCAAGUCUGCCAAACAACGAAUUGUCUAGUCCGUCUAAUAAUGAAUUAUCUGAGCCAGAAAAUAAUGAAGGACUCAACGAAGCAGAGGACGCGACAGCAGAAUCUCCAUCUCCACAAGAUGGUGAGUUGCUGCACGAAGCUCUAGGAGAUGGACCUCAAAACUCAGAGGCCCAAAACACUUUAAAUUCUCCACCGCCAAAUAUGGUUGAUGCCAACGGAAAGCCUCAGGUGAUGUUAAUUGAUAGUUCCAGGAUCGGUGAUUAUGCAAAUAAACCAAGAAAAGAGGAAAAAGAAAGAGAACAAGAAAAAGAAGAAGAAGAAGAAGAAGAAAAAGAAGAAAGCGAAAGUUCUGCCUCGGGUGAAGAAGCGACUAACGAAGAAUUAAAGGAACUUUAUGAUAACGAGACUCGUGCUAAAGCUAACAAUGAUGAGAAAAUGGUCAAUAAAAAAAACGAAGAUAAUGAGAAAGAUAUGCUAGCGAAAGAAAUAGUGGAGCAAGAAGAAGCAGACGAAGAAGCAGAAGAAGGAAAUGCAAAGAAAAUCACAAAGGCUAAGAAAAAGAAAAAGAAAAAAUCUAAGAAAAAGAAAACGAAAUUAUUGAAUGUAUUUUCUCAGCAACCAUCCUCGGCGUACCAAAGUACGCAAUACUAUGAUCCUGCUUAUCAGCAAACAAAUAAUCAAUCGUCAUCUGGAAGGUAUGGAUCUGAAUAUCCAAGCAGAAAUCAAUCGUCACUUACUAAUGUGUACCAGGCUAGUUCUUACAACAAUGCCCAUACAGCAGAAGGAAAAUAUACAUAUGCGCCCAACUUUACAGUAGAAAAUCAAACCAGAGGUUCUGGUAGUGGAGUAACCAAUAUGAAUACCUCACAAGCUGCUUAUUACAGUCAAUCUUUGCCUUACAACAAUGUAAACCUGACAUUAUAUCAAAAUAGACAAGCCAACGAUGCCAGUAUCCAACCAUCCGCUGCAACAGAUGAACCUUUUAAUCGUACAGAUAAACCAUUCUUUACUGGCUAUACUCCUUCAAUCAUUGAUUCACCAAAUUUCGCUUUGCAGCAGUCAUCUGAGCAACUUGCCACAAAUUACGUACCCGCAGGUACAAAUUAUGCAUCUGAUGAUUCAAUAUCAUCCACAAAUACAAACAGUAACGUUCGCAGCAAUAUUCCUAAAACGAGAAAACGUCGCAACAUCGAAGAUGUAAUAAGGUCACAAAUACCAAUUACAAUUUCUGAGACACCGAAAAGUAGAAUUUUAUUCUCGAACCCUUUUUGGGACAUCAAAUCUGAUCGCAGUAUAACAUCGACAAGAUCAAACAUUCCAAUGAAGCCACAUCAGCAAAAGUUGAUGAGGAAUGUUAUUCAUAAACGAUGGAAAAUUCCAGAUAAUUCAAAUGGUCGCUGCCAUAUUUUUCAUCAGUUAAUCGCCAUAUGCAAGGACAUGGCCGAAACGAUCGUUAUGUUGGAGAAAUCAAUAAAAGACUCGCGAUCAAAAUUCCACGAUGAAGACAAAGAUAUCUAUUUAGAGUUAUUUGAAACAGAAGAUUUCCUUAUUGAUGCAGCUAAACGUGUCAAUGUCAGCAACGGUUUGAUGUUACAAACAGGCAAAACAUUAAGUGUGGUGAGACAAGGAGUUAACAUUUGGUCCAAGCGGUGUUCAAAUGAAUUUGAUUGGCAGAACGAAUCUGGCGUGCAGUCAUGGUUACAAGCAAUGGACUUAAGAAUUCAGGAGCUUGGGGGAUACGGUGUUUAUCGUUUUUUGGAAAAUUUAUUUCAUGCUUUCGAAGCUUUGUUUGAAGCGCUGACGUAUUCAAACUCAAGCACAGCGAGGGAUGCUCGUGCUAUGUUGCAGAGAAUAAGGCGUAUAUCAAACAGUUUCGAUAAGAUCUUCAGGAACAAGCUUUCGGUGUUCAAUUCACGAAUUCACGCUGAUCACAUCUUGAAAGAACUUGCCAGCUUAAGAAAAGACACGACAUUUUGUUGAUUUUCUUUAGUAUCCUAAUUGUAAAUAAAUAAUCGUGGAUGCUAUUGGAGCUGCUGAGUCGUUUUGCAUGAAGGUUGCGUGUAUAUAGGGGAGACAUGUUAGGUGAGACAUGUUCCAGUUAUUGGCUGCUAGUGGUUCAACAGACAAAAGAAAGAUAAGGAUUCAAUAAUAGGCUACAUAUUCUGAUCAGUAAGUAUGAGAUAAUGUCACAGUUUAACACAUUUAUGUCCAUUUUGUUUUAAUGUUAAUUUGUCUAACAAGAGUUGUAGAAGAUAAAUACGGAUUAUGAGUGCAAAAAAAUACGAUAAAAAAUUGAUCGAGUGACAGAAUUAUAGCUGUUACAUUUCAUGCGUCAAUUCAAGCUUCAAUAUGGAAUACGUAUUUUUGUGUUUGUUAUCGCAUUGCCAACAUGUACUUGUGUCCCCUACGUCUCGUGACAAGUGUACAAGUCUAUUUAAAAUGUAAUAUCCCAAAAGUCAAAAGACUGUCGUACAUAUGGAACAUUUACUUUAUUGAUGUAAACUUAUUGGAAGUUGAGUAAAUAUGAUCUUCACCGUUGUAAUUAUUUAUUGUUUGUUUAAAAUUUGUUUCUUCUAAAUUUUAUAAUAAAAAUAUAGAUGUGUUAAAAAAUUGUUGUUUUAGUAAGUAAGUAAGAAAGUUUUAACGUCCUUGAGGAGUCUAUCCUAACGGUUGGCUCUUCCUCCCCUCUGACUGUAAUUAUGUUACAUUACCGCUAGACAUACAUAUAGCAUUGCUCUAACUUGCUUGUUUGUCACACAAGUUGAUUAACUCGAUUCUACAACCAUAUGUUACAAGCCGAAUGCGCAGCCACUACACCAUCUCUGACUAAACUUUUAAAUGGAAAUAUAAAUUUUGCC